AUGCUAAAAUUACCCACAUAUGUUGAGGUGCUAGAAAGGGCUGUUAUCGCAGAAGGAAACCUUGCGGCCCAGAGCCGGAGUUUCGAGUGGAAAGGGAAGAGACAAAAUAACCAAUGGUCGAAGGGAUCCGUUACUCCACCCGCUAAGAGGCACAAUUCAGGGAACUUCAGCACCACUAUUACGACUCAAAAUUCCACUCUGGUGUGUCCAGACUGUGGAAGGCAACAUCGAGGAACUUGUCACUGGAAAACUGGAGCAUGUUUUAAAUGUGGGAAAACGGGACAUUUGGUGAGAGAUUGCCCACAAUUGGUUCAACAAAGCGGCAAUAGAUCCGCUACAAGUUCCGCGGGAUCUACAUUAACCCCCAAUGCGAAGGCGGCUGCCAAACCGAGUAAUAACAAAGACACUGCAAGACAAGGUAGGGUGUUCGCUUUGAUUCCAGGUGAUGUACAAAAUACAGCAACAGUGGUGUCAGAUAAAAUUGAAGAAAACUUAUCUUACAUGUUGUGUGUGUCCUCCCCCUUGGGAGAGUCUAUGAUUUGUGCUACUAUAUACUUAGCUUGUGAACUUCAACUUGGGGAUAUUCGGGUGUAUGCUAACUUAAUGCCUCUCGAUAUGACCUAUUUUGAUGUUAUUUUGGGGAUGGAUUGGCUAAGUGCUUAUGGUGUAACGAUAAACUGUGUGACUAAGCAAAUUCAUUUCUACCCUCCGGGGCAAUCAGAGUCUAUGGUUCAAGGGCAGGAAGUAAUUUCGCCACCUUAUUUGAUAUCUACCGUGAAGGCUUGCAACUUAAUACGAAAAGGCUGUCAGGGGUAUCUAUGUAGCGUUUUAAAGGGGCAAGGGAUGAAUGGGGAUAAUGAUGUAAUCCCAGUGGUCCGUGAAUUUCCGGAUGUUUUUCCCGAAGAAUUGUCGGGCCAACUAAUAGACCGAGAAAUCGAGUUUAUGAUUGAAGUGGCGCCUGGAACCCAACCUAUCUCGAAGACACCCUAUAGGAUGUCACCAGCUGAAAUGAAAGAGUUGAAGAUUCAAUUACAGGAUCUGCUUGGCAAGGGAUUUAUCCGUCCGAGUGUAUCCCCUUGGGGUGCGCCAGUAUUGUUUGUGAAAAAGAAGGACGGAACACUUCGGUUAUGUAUCGACUAUAGGGAACUGAAUAAGGUGACAAAAAAUAAGUACCCCUUACCACGGAUAGAUGACUUAUUCGAUCAGUUACAAGGGGCACAAGUUUUCUCAAAAAUUGAUUUACGGUCUGGCUACCAUCAACCGAAAGUUAAAGCCGAUGAUGUGGAGAAGACAGCUUUUCGAACCCGGUACGGCCAUUAUGAAAUUUUGGUUAUGCCCUUCGGUGUUACAAACGCACCAGCAGCAUUUAUGGAUCUAAUGAAUCGCGUCUUCAAGCCCUAUCUAGACGAAUUUGUGGUGGUUUUUAUCGAUGACAUUCUUAUAUACUCGAAGAGUGCAGAAGCUCAUGAGGAUCAUCUUCGCUUAAUUCUUCAAACACUCCGGGAGAAGAAACUGUAUGCAAAAUUGAAGAAAUGUGAAUUCUAGCUACAAGAAGUGGCAUUUUUGGGGCAUGUGGUGACAAAGGAAGGAGUCUCUGUUGAUCCAUACAAAGUUGAAGCAAUUGUGAAUUGGCCAACUCCAACUAAUGUAACUGAGGUACGAAGUUUCAUGGGAUUAGCUGGAUAUUAUAGGAGGUUUGUUCAAAAUUUCUCCAAAAUCGCUGUGCCGCUUACCCAACUGACACGAAAGGGAGUUGCGUUCGAAUGGUCAGAGGAACGGGAAUCCGCUUUCCAAGAAUUAAAAACAAGAUUGACGACAGCACCAGUUCUGGCUUUGCCAUCUGGUACCGAGGGAUUCGUAAUUUACAGUGAUGCUUCGCACAAGGGGCUUGGUUGUGUGCUAAUGCAAAAUGGAAGGGUUAUUGUCUAUGCUUCUCGGCAACUAAAACCCCACGAGAAGAAUUAUCCCACACACGAUCUCGAAUUAGCGGCAGUAGUUUUUGCUUUGAAAAUAUGGCGGCACUAUCUUUAUGGUACAACCUGCGAAGUUUAUACUGAUCAUAAAAGCCUCAAGUACCUGUUUACCCAGAAAGAGUUGAACAUGCGCCAACGGCGAUGGCUCGAGUUGAUCAAGGAUUAUGACUUGCAGAUUCAAUAUCAUCCAGGUAAUGCCAACAAGGUGGCAGAUGCACUUAGUCGGAAGAAUAUGGGGGACUUGGCCAAUCUGUUGAUAGAAAGAAAGGAGUGGAGGAACGAACUGGAUAAAAUGAAUAUGGACCUGGUGGUACGUGAACAGGAGGCCGUACUAGCAACAGUAAGAGCUCAGCCCACCUUACUGGAAGAGAUUAAGUUACAUCAACUAGAAGAUGAAACCUUAAAGAAAAUCUAUGAAGAUACUAAAAUGUACCGGGACUUAAAACAAAAUUUUUGGUGGCCAAACAUGAAAAAGGAGAUCGCGGAAUUUGUUUCUAAGUGUCUGCAAUGUCAACAAGUCAAGGCGGAACAUCAAAGACCAGCAGGAUUACUACAACCCCUUCCCAUCCCGGAAUGGAAAUGGGAGCAUUUGACCAUGGAUUUUGUUGUGGGGUUACCGAGGACUCCUCGAGGUAUGAAUUCGAUUUGGGUCAUUGUGGACCGAUUAGCCAAGUCUGCUCACUUCUUGCCAGUGAAGACUCAACACAAUGCGGAUAAGCUGGCAGUACUGUAUAUAAAUGAAAUUGUAAGGCUUCAUGGUGUACCAGUGUCAAUUAGGUUAAAAACGGCGCAAAGCAGGCAAAAGAGUUAUGCAGAUAACAGACGGAGGGAUUUGGAGUUUGAAGUGGGUAGUUAUGUGUUCGUGAAAGUCACUCCGUUAAAGGGACAUCCGAGAUUUGGGAAAAAGGGAAAAUUAACGCCCCGGUAUGUUGGCCCUUUCCAAAUUCUAGAAAGAGUGGGUUUGGUAGCUUACCGAGUGGCUCUACCGCCGAGUAUGAGUCAAAUACAUAAUGUAUUCCAUGUUUCUAUGCUUCGAGGAUACCUACCAGAUCCAUCUCAUGUCAUAGACUACCACCAACUUGUGCUGGAUGAUAAGUUAAGCUAUGAAGAAAGACCACGUCAAAUUUUGGAGCGACAAGUAAAGCAAUUGCGCAAUCAGGAAAUUCCAAUGGUAAAGAAAACUUGGGUCAGCACUGAUGGUCAAAGUUUUACUUUUGUCCAUACACCAACCCAACCCCUGGAGUUACAACCAUUAAGCAGUAAUACCAAACCUUUAGCCAUUGCUGCUUAUAUGGAAAUUCCACACAAAUCACAAAAUAGGGAUCCUAUUCUCAUUCAGGAUAUGCCAAAAUCUGAAGUUCAUACUGAAGUUAUUCCUGCAACAAUUAAACCUCCUUUAGAAAAUGAAAAUGAUGAUCAUGAAAUCGCCAGAUUUAUGGUCAAUGGUUUUACCAACAUCCUAAAAGGAUGGUGGGAUAACAUUAUUACAGAAACACAACAAACAGAAAUCUUAACAGCCUUUAAAAGAAUUACAGAUCCUUUAACAGGGGCUUUUCCUGAUGGUUUAGAAGAUAGGAGUAGAGAACUUUUACAGAAUUUAAGAUGUCCUUUAUCCCAUUUUAGAUGGUAUAAAGAUGUGUUCAUGAUGAGAGUUGUUAGAAGAUCUGAUGCUAACAGUGAACAUUGGAAAGCCAAAUUCAUUGAUGGCCUUCCCACUCUCUUUGCUGAAAGAAUCAGAAAAAAACUGAGGGAUAAGCAUAGCAAAAUGUCUAUUCCAUAUUCAGAAUAUACUUAUGGUCAACUCAUAAGAAUUGGUACCGAAGAAGGUCUUGCUCUUUGCAAUGAUCUGAAAUUACAGAAUCAAAUGAAAAAGCAAUGUCAAAAUGAAUUAAGUGAAUUUAGUGAACAAUUUGCCUGUCACUAUGCUAAUCGUUGCAAAGCUAAGAUUCAACAAAAAUUAAAUGAAUUAGCUUUAGACGAUGAAAUUCAGCAACAAAUUUUUCAGAUGGAUUAUGAAGACUCUGAUUUAGACUCUACUUCAGAUGACGGUAUUGCAAUACUAUAUUCAUCAUCUUCUCAUACUGAUCCUGAAUCCCCUCCGAAAAUCUGUUCCUGUAAACGUCAAAUUAAUCAAAUAACAGAAGAAGCCAAUUAUUGGAAAGCAAUAGUCGAGAUGAAUGGACUUGAUAUUAGUAGUCCUAAUAUCAUUGUUCUUACAGAUGAUGAAUAG